UUUUUUUUUUGGAUGCCCUGUGGCUCUCUGCCACUUGCAUCGCAUCCAAAGGCUCCAGCAAGGCUGCGAGCAUCGCGCUGCAUUCCUUCAGACCAGACCUCACCUCUGCUGGAAGGCCUUGCAGGAUGUGCGACGUGAUGCCUUCGUGUGGACUGCCGAACCUGCUGCCCCUCCUGCCGCUGCUGCUGCUUCACGCUGUCAGCCAGGGCUUAAGUGACGCUGACCCUGUGGUGAGCAUGCAUAAGGAAAACCAUCAGGGCAUAAGUGAGGAACUGUCCAAGACGGCGGUGCUCCCCUGCCUCUUCACGCUGCGCCCCGGGGCCGCUCCAUCCCACGAGCUGCCCCGCGUCAAGUGGACCAAAGUGUGGGGCCAGCGAGGCUCGGACGGCUCGCAGAGGGAGCAGUCUGUCCUCGUGGCCAAAGACAAUGUGGUCAAGGUGAAGAAGGCCUUCCAGGGUCGGGUAUCGCUGCCCGGUUACAGCGAGAACCGAUACAAUGCCAGUAUGGCUCUGAUGGGCUUACGAUCCAGCGAUUCCGGCCUGUACCGCUGUGAGGUCGUGGUGGGCAUCGACGACGAGCGAGACACGGUCCCACUGGAGGUCACAGGCGUGCUCUUUCAUUACCGCGCUCCCCCCGACCGUUACGCCCUGUCCUUUGCCGACGCCAAAAGGGUGUGUGCUGAGAACUCUGCGACCAUCGCCACGCCGGGUCAGCUGCAAGCCGCCUUUGCUGACGGCUACGAGAACUGUGACGCCGGGUGGCUGUCGGACCAGACCGUACGGUAUCCCAUCCAGUCGCCUCGGCCCGGUUGCUAUGGCGAUCGUGACGACUCACCCGGCAUCCGUAACUAUGGCAAUAGAUUCCCGGACGAGCUGUUUGACGUCUACUGCUUCGCCAGGCGACUACAAGGGGAAGUGUUUCACUCCACAAUGGAAGAGAAGUUGAAUCUGGCCACGGCCUCCACCCAUUGCCAUUCGCUGGGAGCCCAGCUGGCCACCGUGGGCCAGCUCUACCUGGCCUGGCAGGCCGGCCUGGACCAGUGCGACCCGGGCUGGCUGGCCGACGGGAGCGUGCGCUACCCUAUCAACGUCCCACGGAAGAACUGCGGUGGGGACGAACCCGGCGUGCGCACGGUCUACAGCAACCCCAAUCGGACCGGCUCCCCCGACACCACGGCCAUGUUUGAUGCUUACUGCUACCGAGCCCAGCAGGCUGCAGAUGUCCACAUCUCAGAGGCCCUCGCUUUACUCCACCCCUCCAUCCCAGCUCCACAGGCUGACUCCUCACUCGGUGACACCCAACAGGGCGCCCCAUUUUCCGAGACCCCUGCUUGGACCGCCCUGGCAGACCCGAACGAAGCGGCCAUGAACAACUCCUCUGACAUUUCCGACGAGCACGUGGUCAUCCAUUUGAGGCCCGAGCAGGGUUGGGAUGUGCAACAAGAUGACGUCCCGACCAGCGGGUCCCACGGAAAGGAACCCGACGACCCUAAAGACAGCAAUGCGCCGGCAGAGCUGGAGAGCCACGGAGGUUCAGCCCAAGAGGAAGAUCCUUCUUUUGAUACUUUCCCAUCAGUGGCCUCCACCACCGUCAAACCACACACUAGUAAAAGCGUGUUGGCUGACAUUGUCAACACGCUGAUGAAACCCUUCAAGUACUGGGUUGGGACAGGAACCUCCAACAGGAACCAGACUUUCAGCUCCCAAGCAAGUGAAGACAAGGGCGGCAGCGACAACGCCAUCCCGGAGCACGGGAGUGAUGCUUAUCCCUCCAGGCUUCUCCAUGCGAGUGGAUUACAGAGUGCUUUGGAGGGUCUGUCCGAGCAGGAGAAAGAGGAGGGGCCGCUGGUUCCAUUAGUGCCUGCAGUCAAAAGCGCAGGGCAAAUUGAGUCCACUACGCAGAUGGAGGGCAAAUUCACUGAUAAUGGGAUAACUGCACUGGGCCCUGAAGGCAAAUCAAGCCCCAGUGAAGGGGUCAAGGUUCGAAAAGCAGGUCCGGCGUGGGCCAUCAAGUCAGUAGGGCGCUUCAGAGGAGGCUUUCCCAGACAGCGCACUUGGGAACCUCUGGAAGCCAAAUCGGGGCCCCUUGAGAUGAUAACCCUGCCUGACUCCUUUCAACAGGACACAUUGGAAAACUAUUCUGGUGAGGGGAGCGACCACGAUGGAGAUGAGGCACAAACAACUACUGCAACUGGGACAGAUAAAAAAAAGGAGGUAGAGGGGAGCAGUGAGGGUAACAGUUUUACUGCCAACUUUGUUAAUACUGUUCCCAGCAGGAAUGUCAAGCUCAGUCCAGAAUCUGAGUCUUCAUUACACCAAAGCCAGAGUGAACUUGUCACAGUGGUUGAACACACUACUUUGUCCCGGUGGCAGCUCGUGGCGCAACCAACCACCACCACCUCGCCUCAAACGGCCGAGGAGGCCAGGGGAGAGAUCAUCUAUGUCCACCGGCCGACUGAAUACCUCUCUUCUGCUUUUUCUUCUUCUUCUUUGUCACAAAGUGGAGAAAAUGGUUCUAGUGGUGCCUUCACUCCUGUUCUUAAGAAGCAAAGGAAAGGUGCGGGUAGAAAGCCUGGUCGUGGUGCAGCCAAGGUGGUCACUUCCACACCAGAGUCCUUGAGGGAUUUACUGACCACCACUGAGAUCACAACGGCACAGGUUCUGACAACAAGAGACACUCCGAUCACAGAUCCUGAAACCACAGCAGCCACCAUUGAACUUUCCUCCAAAAGCUCCUCUGCACAGGAACCAUCCAUUUCUAUCUCAUGGAUGGAGAUGACUACGAGCAACUUGGAGGGAAACUUUUCUAUGGAAUCAUCGACGACAACCGCCAGCCAGUUGGCAAGUGUUGGGUCAGACACAAAGGACACCUUUACAGAAAUGGAGUCCAGAUUGGCAGUGUCUGAGUCCUUUGUGUUUGGAAGUCGUUGGACACCUUCCAAGGGCUACAAGCCGAAGUCAGAGGAACACAAGUCUCCAGUGGUGACGGACAGCAAAGGCAUGAGAAACCCUUUUGGCAUCUUGGUACCCAACUGGGCUUUUGGAUUCAUCCCACCAGUGGAAAACAACCCUUGCCAGACCAACCCAUGCCUCCACGGAGGGAGCUGCUUGCAGGAGGGCGAUGGCUAUAGCUGCUACUGCCCGCAGGGUUUCUCCGGGGAGAGCUGCGAAAUCGACAUCGAUGACUGCCAGUCGAACCCCUGCCGCAAUGGAGGAACUUGCAUCGAUGAGAUAAACUCCUUUGUGUGUCUGUGUCUGCCCAGCUACAGCGGCGCCACGUGCGAGAGAGACACGGAAGGCUGUGAGCAUGCAUGGCGGAAGUUCCACGGCCACUGCUACCGCUACUUCAGCCGCCGGCACACAUGGGAGGACGCUGAGAAAGACUGCAGGGAGCACAGCGGCCACCUGGCCAGCAUCCAAAGCGCGGCCGAACAGAACUUCAUGGGAGGUAUCAGUCACGACAACACCUGGAUUGGCUUAAAUGAUCGCACGGUGGAGGAUGACUUUCAGUGGACCGACAAGAUGGACCUGCAAUACGAAAACUGGCGCUCGAACCAGCCCGACAACUUCUUCGCAGGCGGUGAGGACUGCGUGGUGAUGAUUGCACACGAGAACGGCAAAUGGAACGACGUGCCGUGCAACUACAACCUGCCCUACGUCUGCAAGAAGGGAACAGUGUUAUGCGGAGCCCCUCCUCACGUGGAUAACGCCUUCGUGGUUGGCCGGAAGCGCUCUCACUACGACAUUCACUCCACCGUGCGCUACCAGUGCGCCGACGGCUUCCAGCAGCGCCACGUACCGACAGCCAAGUGUCGCGCCAACGGCAAGUGGGACGAGCCAAAAAUCAUCUGCGCAAAAUCAAACCGACGGGCCCACCGGUACCGGCGCCACCACCACCACCACCACAAGGGCAGACGGGAGCGCAGGAAGCACAAGCGGCACGGCCACCGAGACGGCGGCCACCGCGACGCCCACCAGGGCCUUAAGCAAGGCCCCUUCUGAACCAAACGAGCGAAAACCCCAACAUUAUCCCUUCUUCUUCUUCUCCUCCUCUCAUUCCGUCAUUCCUCUUUCCUCUCUUUAUUUCUCACCCCCCUCCCUCAGGUCCCUCCGGCCCCCUCCUACACUUUGGAGUCCCCCCUGUAACAUAGGAAAUUCUGGGACAAUAGCUGGGACGAUAGCCGAUCCCUUUGUAUCCCUUUUUAUGUUUGUUUUUUUCUCCCCGUUUUCUUGUCUUACUCACACGCUGCGCUUGAGUACACAUUGUAAAUAACAUCUCUUUUGGUUGUUUGUUUUCUUGACUUUCUAGUUUUAUUUGGUUGGUGUUUUCUUGUGUGUGUGUGUGUCACUACUCAUUCCAUGUGUUUGGUGGUAGUAUCGGCGCCGUGGUAGAGGUGGGAAAAGUGCCGGAAAUGUUUUUCUUCUUUCGGAAAAAGAUAGCACGAACUAUAAUCCUAAAAUGGUUCAGUAUCAUUUCAAACUCCUAAUACAUUACCCUUAAAAAUAAAUGGCGGAGGAGGAUCUUAUUUCGAUGCACCUUAUGUGUACAUGUACAUACGGAGAAGACUCUCCGUAACAAGCCAGGCUAAAUUUAGCUCCUCCCCAACAUACAAAGUUUAUCUCUCAGUCAAGAUGUAUCGCUUCACCAUCCAGUACUUCCUUGGAUCAAUUUCUGUUUAGUGCUCCCCCGCAUAUUCGCCAUUCGCUAGUUGCUACUUUCAGAUUUAGCUUUUCCGAACUUCCUACUUUUUUACAGGACCCUGUCCUCGCUAUUUGCUGUUUUUGUGCUCAGGCCAAAGCCCGGUAUAAUAUUUAAAUAUUAUAUCUUGUGGCAUCUUGGUGCCAAGGAACUAUGUUGAAGUGAGUUGACGAACUUCAUGUAGUACUUUGUCGCCAUCUUGUGGCAUCUGUAGGCAAUUCUAAACCUGUUUAGGGCGGAUGAUAAUUACUCACGGGCUUUCGCGGCAGGGGUCAGUCGCUAGCACUGCACUCGUUUUCCUGUGCUUAGGCGCCAUCAUGUGGCAUUUUAGGGCAUUUCCGAAAGAACACAAGAGAUUUUCAGCAGAACUGCAAAAAUAAAUCAAAAUGAAAAAAAUAACGUGAUUGGGAAAUGUUGAAAUAGUAAACUGCAACAAUGCGAGUCUUUUCUGUAAAUUGGGUCCAUCGAUUCUGCUGGAUCUCUGUAACCCCUUUCAGACCUUCUGUAAAAGCCGGAAUUUUCCCCACCUCUUUUCCUUGUGUUAAAAAGCAGUUCUCGCCGCUCCAGUAAGUAUUUUAUACAGCAGACACUGGCUCUGACGUCAUCUAAUUGUCUGUUUGCGUGAUGCUGUGUCUUUGUGCAAAGGUUCUGCAAUUUUGCAGAGUCGCCGAGUGACAGAAGCAAAGACUGCGUGUGCGUGCAUGUGCAUCGAUGUCGGAGAUAAAUGCUCCCUCAUGUGGCUCUAAAUGCAAGAUACAAGAAGCCGUUUGCUCCCUCUUUCCUGACAGUUUGCUGUGGGGGGGGGGGGUUCUGCCUCUUCCUCUAAAUCCAGCAGUUAAGGCUUUAGUUUGUGGGAUUAAGUCCACGUCACUGACUGAAGUAUUUCUUAUCCUCUUCUGAUACUUUUACUUAGCCGCCUUUCACUUACUUUUAAUCUCUGGCGCUCAGCAGACACAAGUAUACACUCUAGCAGCCCCUCACUCAGUUUGGAGCCUGUUUCCACCAAGUGGUACUGUUUGGUUUUGAAGUUAAACGUUGUGAAGGGUGCCAAAAGGCAUGUUUCGGCCAGUUGAUUCCAAUGCCAAAGGUUUUGAGGGGCACCAAAAAGAAGGUUUCUACAAAAGUGGUCGAGUUUGGUUCUGAUGUUAAUCUUUGCAAAGUGUACAAAAAGGCGUGUUUCUACCAAUCAGUACUUUGGUUCCAUUGUUACCAAAAGGUACCAAAAGAUAUUUUCCAAAAAUCAGUACAGUACACUUUGGUUUCAUUGUCAAAGGUUCCAAAUACAGGUUUGCACCUGUUGGAAUCCAAUAUUGAAAAUUGUGAAAGGUACCAAAAGGCAUGUUUCCACCAAUCGGUACAAUCUGGUUCGCUUAUUAAAUUUUGAAAAGCGUUCCAAAAGCUCUGUUGCCACUAAUCGGGACAGUUUGGUGCAGAAGUUAAAAGUUGCAAAGGUUGCCAAAGGGCAUGCUUCCACCCAUCGGUACAGUUUGGGUCUGAUGUUAAACAUUGCAAAGGGUACCAAAAUGCAUGCUUCCACCAAUCGGUACAGUUUGGUUCUGAUAUUGAAGGUAGUUAAGGGUACAAAAAGGCCUUUUUUUUUUUUUUUUUUUUGUGUAGGCAUUUUUCCAUCAAUAGGUAUGGUUUGGGUCCAUAUAAUCAAAAGUUACAAUGGGUACCAAAAGGCAUGCUCCAAAGUUAAACCUUGCAGAGGCUACUAGAAAACAUCUUUGCAACAAGCUGUACUGUUUGGUCUUCUUGUCAAACAUUGCAAGGGUAAAGGGUACCAAAAGGGAUGUUUCCACCAAUUGGCUCCAGUCUAAAACCGUGUGAAAUUCAUCUAGUCAUCAAUCUGUACGUUAUGCUUUCAAAGUUAAACAUUGCGAAUGCUACCCAAAAACCGGUUUCCACUAAGCGGGUCAGUUUGGUUCCAUGAAACAUUCCAAUUAUUUACCAUUGUAUUAUCUCACGAUUCUCUGUCGAUAAAUCAAAUGACAGCAGCAGCUUAGGCCGCGCCCUCCUUUGUGAGGCCAGUACGCCAUCCAAAGGUUGCUGAAAAGAAUCCGUUUCUUCUCACCUUGGUAGUGGGAAUCCCAACUGCUCCUGCACACCUUCUAUCACUUGAAUUCAUCUGUGCAUGUUUAAUUAACAAUACUGAUUAUCUGCAGCACCGCGAGGUGCGCGACUCACUUGGACGGACACGGUCCCGUGAGGUCGCUCCAGACACUCGUCAUCGUCAGGCCAACACAAGCGUGUGCGAUUUUUUUCUGUGCAAGUUUAUCUCGGUGAGCAGAAAACACGCAAAAGACAAGACUAAUUCAUGCAGAAGGAAAAGCUGAUUGUGAGGGAGAAAAAAAGGCAAGAUUAGAUCACAAUUUAGAUGAAAUCGCGUAUCUUUUCACAUCUGUUUUGUCCUCACGCAGAGACGUGUUAAUUGUCAUUAGUGGCAAAUCAAGACGGCGUAUUAAGGCGUCACUGCAGAAAAUUCCUUUCGUUUUAUUUCUGAGGAAAGACGUCAUUGUCACCAUUUCAUGAGGAAAAGCUCAUUAGGAGAAUAAUGUCUUGGCUUUACAAGGAAUUUCUUUUUUCCAAGAACAACUUCAUUUUACACUGUUGUAUAUAGCAAGAAAAAGAUGUAACGUGAUGCGAAUUGAUUCCCAAUAUUACAAGAAAAAAGAAGUUUAAGAAAAAGACAAAAGGUAUGUUUUCGUACAAGAAAGUUUCAUAUAAUUAAAAAUGAAAUUGUAAUCUUGUGAGUACAAAGUCAUGAUAUUACAAGUCUUCAAUUUUUCAAGCAAAGAAUCUAAAUCCUUCGAGAAAAGUGAGUUCAACGUAGACAUUGUAUAAUUGUGGCUUCAUUCUCAAAAUAUUUUUUUUCUUAGAGGAAUAUGACUUUAGUCCCUUGAAAUUAAGGAGGGGAGCACUAUUUUCUUCCUCACUAAAUUACGCCUUUAUUCUUGUAAUAUUUCAACUUUUUUCCUUGAUAUUUGUGUCUUUAUAUUUGUAAAUAUCACUUUUUCUCGCAAUUUUAACAUUAUCAGCAUUAUUGUCAAAAUUGUAGGAAUUUCUUUUUUUUUUUUUCCAGAAUUGCUAGUUUUUUUCCCCACAUUAAAUAAAAUCUUGUAUAAUUAUGAUUUUGGUCUGGCAAUAUUAUGACGACGUAAAACAAAUUAUGGGGGCAAAAAUUCUAACUUCAUUCUCAAGUAAUAAUUUUUUUCAUGAGGUUUUCUUUUUUAGCAAAAUGUCAACUAUCCUCUGUUAUGAGACAAUAUUCUCAAAUAAUUGUAGGAUUUAGUUGUAUUUUUUUCAUACAAAAUUGUAUCUCAAUUUUCAUAAUACUUUGAAAUAAUUCUCGGAAUAUUCUGACUUUAUUCUUUUAAAAUUCAGAGGUUUCGGAAUUUCCGAAUUUGUUCAUCGAAACUUUUUAUCUCCCGAAGUUAUGCCUUUAUUCUUGUAAUAUUUCAAUGUUUCUUAUUAUUUUGUGUCUUUAGUCUUGUAAUAUAACAGCAUUAAUCACGGAAUAUUUGGAAUCUAUCUUUCAAAAUAAUCUAACACUUGGAACUGUUCUCAUGACAUUCAACUUUUUUUCACUGAUGAACAUUUUGUUCUCGCUAAUUUUUGUUUUUUUUAAUUGCGCAAAAUUCGAAAUGUGCUCUUGUAAUGGGAAACAUGUUUUGGGUUUUCAAUAAAAAUGUUGACUUUGUUCUCAGAAUAUAUUAUGAUGAAAUAACUGCAAUCUACCGGGCAUGAAAUAUAGACAUUAUGUGCAGGGUGAAAAAUCUCCUCCUUUGCCAUGUAAAUACUUAUUUUAAACUCUGGAUCAUCAUCAUCUUGCAGCCUUUCUUUUCUUGAACAAGCAGAAACAAUACAAGAUCAGAGCCCGUGUAUGUGUGCGUGUGUGCGUGUAUGUAUUUAUUCAUAUUUAUUGACGUGUCCAUUGUAUUCUAUUCUUUACCAGCCAAACGAUCAUUAAAGCAAACCCUUGUUUGGAUCUGUUA